UCAAAAUGAGGUUCACCGCAACCACCCUCAUCUCCCUCCUGGCGAGCACCGCCCUCGCCGCUCCCACCGAGCAAUCCUCCGAGGGCACCGCCUCCGCCAUGGCCUCACACGGACCGGCGUCCCUCGCAGACAUGCAGCUGCAUCUCACCGACAUCUUCUCGGACCGCCAGGUCGCUGUCCUCAAGGUCCUCUCCUCGCACAAGCAAGACCUGGGCCUCAGCGAAAAGGAGGCCGAGAUCCUCGACACCUUCAUGAAGGCCCUCCGGGACAACGUCAGCAUCAAUGUCAAGCGACAGCUCCUCCCCUUUCUCCUUCCCGGUGAUGGCACGAAUACUACUAUCCCUACCAUCCCUCCUACCAACGCGACGGGUGCUGCGGACGGGAACACCACUCUGCUGGGCUCUGGCAGCGGCAGCGGCACCUCGGGUGGCGCGGCGGCCGAUCCGUUGAGCGGCUUGAAUGUGACUGCGACUGGGGGUGCUCUGCUCGGGGCGGCUCCGGGGGCUGCGCCGAAUGCGACGGCGAUCUUGUUGGAUAUCCUGAAGCUUAUUCCUGGGUUGGCGAGUUUGCUGGGAGGAGCGCCGACGAAUACGACGGGCGGUUUGGGAGGAUUGACGGGAUUGACGAACGGAACGACGACGAAUACGACGGGUGGUCUGGGAGGAUUGACUGGUGGGCUUGGAAACUUGACGGGACUUGGUGGUUUGGGGGGGUUGACCGGUGGCUUGGGAGGUCUGGGAGGACUCGGUGGCCUCGGUGGACUGGGAGGACUGGGAGGCCUGGGCGGUUUGGGAGGACUGUUUGGAGGGCUGCGUAGAGGCGGGCUUCUUGGAGGAAUUCUGAUUCCUGGGAUCUUGUAGG